CACCCGGAAGAAUUUCGGCGUUGCACAACGUUGUGUUACAUGACCUCGCGUCGAGCUCUUUACCUAAGAUGACCACCGUCAGAAAUGUCUAGAGGACGUGUUUUGGUUAGUUUGGCACGGUUCUCCUUGAACCGUGGGGUAUCGGCUCACCACGCGACCACAACACCGAGGCUGAACCAUGCCCGGUCCCUCGCCGUGGCCUCCCAGAGGUGGGCCCGGUCCAAAGAGGAGGACGAGGAGGUGAACAGCGAGCCCAUCAAGUUCACCACCAGCAAGGCCAGCCACAGGUCCUGGAGGGUGGACCGCUCCAUGGGGAGCCAGUUCCAGCGGCCGCUGCGGAAGGUGCUUCCCAUCAGCCUGCUGGGCAUCGGCUUCCUGCUGUGGUGUGCGUUCAGAGGGGAGACGGACAUUGACGCUCAGCUGGAGAAACACCUCUAUGAGAAUUUUCCUGGCCUGCUCUCAGACGAAGAGCCGGAGCAAACCACAAAUAAACCGAGUUAACGCCUCUGGGACUUUAUAUGAUGUACAUAUUAGAGGUUGUAUUUAUUAUCCGAUGUGUCUUCAUGAUGCUGCGUGGCACCACCUCGCUGGAGGCGCCGUGUUGAUGCCGUCCAGUGGAGUGCUGCGUCCACAGAGCAGGAAGUACCUCACUUUUCCUCACUGCUAUGCUGUGGGGAGAUGAUUGUUUUACCAUCAGACCUUGUCUGUCAUUUGUCUUGAUUUGCUGAGUCAAGCACAACUUGAGUAUACUAGUAAAAUUUCAGUUAUGAAUACAGAAAUGACAUGUUGAUUGAACUGCCUUGAUUAGAUUCACUCAUGUAACAGGACAAUUUAUUCUGCCUUGUUUUGCAUAGGAAACUCGGCUUAAUGGAGCAUACUGGCAUAAUCCAAAUUUGCCACAAACUGUACUGAUAACUUUUGCCAGAUCAUCACCAAAUCAUUUGCUGGUUUAAUAAAACUUAUUAAUGUG